AUGCAGGACACAGGUAGCCUUCACACGCCUGAAUUCCCCCAGGAGACAGUCCCAGAUGGCUCUGGUCACCCAACCUUGCAGUGCCCUACACGCGCUUUCUUCCUGCCCAAAACUGGCAAAGAAAAGGAAAGCAAAAAGAGUGAUGGACCAGUGAAAGAGAAACCAGAACCUGUCAAAAGUCCUCUCAAAGUGCAGAAUGGAGUCCACAAUGAGCCUGAUUCGCCAGUAAAACAGUUCAGGAAACACAGUCGUCAGAUCCUGCACAGUGACGAUGAUGAGGCUCCAGCUGUGAAAGAACAGGCAGUCAAACAGGAACAAGACGACAAGGCUGUCCUGCCCAAGAAGGAAAAGCUGCCACCCGACAGUCCCACGUCCACCUCACCCUCAGGAAUACUCAAGAGCCGGACCGCAAGGAAGCAGUUCCCAAAGAGAAAACUGGACAGCAGGAGUGGCAGUGAGGAGGAGGAGGUGAAGGAGGAACAAGGACUGCAGAAUAAAAGAGCUAGGGUUGACAAAACACAGGACAGCACAGAGAAUGAAGAGGAAGCAAUGCAGGUGGGAGGAGAGGAAAAAAGUGUGGAUAAGCCUAAGAUAGCGGCGGAAAAAACGGAGCAGAAUGAGACGGAUGAAGAGAAGACUAAAGACGACGAAAAGGAGAAAGAAAUUGAUGUGAAAGAGACCACGACCGAGAAGGCAGAGGACGAUGGAAAGAAGUUGAAAGAGGAAAAAGAGAAAGGAAAAAGUCCUAAAACUCAAAAGAAGGCGGUAAAGGAUGAGAAAGAAAUUGAGGACAAAGUGUCACAAAGGCCCCAAGCCAAGAAAGCCCCCAUCAGCAGUUUCUUUGCUCCCAGGAAAGCAGCUGUGAAGAUGGAAAAACCAGAGGAGAAAAGCGUGGAAGGGAGAAGGCUGAGCGGGGAGAAGAAGGAGGAAGAGGAAAAGGUGGCCAGUAUCACUGAGGUUGUUAAAGACAAGAAAGGAGAGAAGACGGACCAGGCCCAGUACGACCCGUCCAGACCCAACUACCACCCGGUGGACCACGCCUGCUGGGGGUGGGGACAGAGGGUCCCUUAUUUAGCUGUUGCACGUACCUUUGAGAAGAUUGAGGAAGACUCUGGCAGAUUGAGGAACAUUGAAACAUUAUCAAAUCUUCUACGCUCUGUGAUCAUCCUCUCUCCAGAGGACCUGCUGUGCUGUGUUUACCUGUGUCUCAAUCAGUUGGGUCCUGCUUACCUGGGACUGGAGCUGGGAGUGGGAGAAACUGUACUCAUGAAAGCUGUUGGCCAAGCAACUGGGCGACAGUUGGACAAAAUCAAGGCGGAGGCUGCAGAGAAGGGCGACUUGGGGUUGGUGGCUGAGAGUUCCCGUAGCAACCAGAGAAUGAUGUUCCAGCCAGCCAAUCUGACGGCAGGGGGCGUGUUCAACAAACUGAAAGACAUCGGGAACAUGAGUGGGAACUCUGAGUUGCCUGCCAUGAAUAAGAAGAUUGACACCAUCAAAGGUCUCUUUGUAGCCUGCCGCUUCUCUGAGGCCAGAUACAUUGUCAGGUCUCUGGUAGGGAAGCUGAGGAUAGGCUUGGCUGAGCAGAGUGUACUGGCUGCCCUGAGUCAGGCUGUGUGUCUGACUCCUCCAGGACAAGACUUCCCUCCAGCGGUGAUCGAUGCAGGGAAAGGAAUGAGUGCAGAAAAACAGAAAGCCUGGAUAGAGGAGAAGAGCCUUAUCCUUAAACAGACCUACUGUGAGAUGCCCAACUAUGAUGUCAUCAUCCCAGUACUGAUGAAGGAGGGCAUAGAUGAACUGCCCAAACACUGCAAACUCACCCCAGGUGUGCCAUUGAGGCCCAUGCUGGCUCACCCCACCAAAGGUGUAGGAGAGGUGAUGAAGAGGUUCGAUGAAGCCGCCUUCACCUGCGAGUACAAGUAUGAUGGAGAAAGAGCACAGAUCCAUAUUCUGGAGAACGGGGACGUGCAUAUUUUCAGUCGCAACCAGGAAGACAAUACAAGCAAAUAUCCCGAUAUCAUCUCUCACAUUUCCAUGGUAAAGAAGGAGUCUGUGGUGUCCUGUGUGCUUGACUCUGAGGCUGUGGCUUGGGACAGAGAGAAGCAACAGAUCCAGCCAUUCCAGGUGCUCACCACACGGAAGAGAAAGAACGUGGAUGCAGCUGAUAUCAAGGUCCAAGUGUGUGUGUACGCCUUUGACCUGCUGUAUCUCAACGGAGAGUCUCUGGUAAAGCAGCCCCUGUCCCGUCGCAGGGCUCUUCUGAAGGAUAGCUUCGAGGAGAAGGAGGGAGAGUUUGUGUUCGCCCGCGCUAUUGACUCAGACAACACAGACACCAUCGCCGAGUUCCUGGAGCAGUCUGUUCGAGACUCCUGUGAGGGACUAAUGGUGAAGACUCUGGAGAAAGAUGCCACUUAUGAAAUCGCCAAACGCUCUCACAACUGGCUCAAGCUGAAGAAGGACUAUCUGGAUGGGGUGGGGGACACGGUGGAUCUGUGUGUGAUUGGAGCGUAUCUGGGGAAGGGCAAGAGAACCGGGACCUAUGGAGGCUUCCUGCUCGCCUGCUACGAUGAGGACAAUGAAGAGUUCCAGUCAGUCUGCAAGAUCGGGACAGGUUUCAAGGAUGAAGAUUUGGAGCAACAUUACAAAUUCUUAACGGAGCACAUUUUGCCCAAGCCCCGCCCCUAUUAUCGUGUGGACCAAUCAACAGAGCCCGAUGUGUGGCUCGGUGCCGUGCAAGUAUGGGAAGUAAAGUGUGCCGACCUAUCGCUGUCGCCGAUCUACAAGGCUGGCAUGGGAUUGUGUGACCCAGAGAAGGGCAUCUCUCUUCGGUUCCCACGCUUCCUGAGGAUCCGAGAUGAUAAAAAGCCAGAGGACGCAACUUCAGGAGGACAGAUUGCUGAUUUGUACAGGAAGCAGCAGGUUGUUCAAAACCAGGGAGACAAAGCUGACCUUGAGGACUACUACUGACCUCAUCAAUGGACCAUCCAGUCGCCAAUGACUCGGGUGAAAUCUCAAUUUGUACAAUUUAUUUUUAUUUUUAUGGUGAACAAGGCACUGUCGACGCAAAAAAUAAAUACCGUCUGUACAGCAGUGUGUCUAGAUCCAAGUGCUGGUUUUAGGCUCUGCCAAUGUCAUGAUAUUCAACAUUUUUGUUGGUGUUGAGCCUAAGGCUUGUUUUUGUAAACGUAUACUUAACAGUAUGAAUAAAGGAUGUGUUCCAGAGUUUUCAAUUACACAAA